AUGACAGAAAAGGUGUUGGUGCGACCGGUCACAGUUACAUUGGCUAGUAUCAGCAGAGCAGGAUCCCCUCCUCCUCCACAUUACAAUAGGCUCUCCUCCCUCCCACACAGCGCAGGCCCUGGGUGCACCAGUGGCUGCUGUUGCGGUCCGUGUCCCUCAUCCCGCCGCGCAGUGGACGUGUCCGCCGGGCCGAACAUGGCCGCGGCUCCGGAGGAGGACGUGGACCGCAGACCGAUCCGGAGGGUUCGCUCCAAGAGCGACACGCCUUAUAUCAACGAGGCACGGAUCUCCCUGCACCUGGACACAGGUAGGCAGCGUGUGCACGGAGCUCUGCUCAUGUCUGGGGGCGUUUUCUCCUUUUCCUUUUCUCUCAGUGAUGACAGUGAUGUUAGCAUGUGUCCUGUUGCUGUGACCCUCACUGCCCCAUGCUCCUCUGCUGCACCUCUCUGGAGCUAA